AUGCGAGUUACAUUGACACCAGAGAAAACAGUUAAUUUAAAAUUGUGUUUACAUACCUUAAAGCACCCAAAGCUUACAAUCAGAGAGCUAGCUCACUUAAUAGGCAUUUUGGUGUCUAGUUUUCCUGGAGUGCAAUAUGGUCCAUUACAUUAUUGGUCAUUAGAAAUGUUAAAAUCUGAAGCGCUUAAAUCAAGCAAAGGAAACUUUGAGGCACUAGUUUCCAUUAAUAAUGAAUGCGUAGAAGACCUACAGUGGUGGGUUGAUAAUAUUGAAAGACCCAAGGCUGAUAUCACCAUCCACACAGAUGCAUCUAAGAUGGGAUGGGGUGCGGUAGUAAAUAAAACUGCAAUUGGGGGGCGAUGGACUAGCCUCGAAUCCCAAGAACACAUUAAUAGUUUAGAACUUAAAGCUUUGUUCAUGGGUUUAAAAUCAUUCUAUAGAAAUUUGCAACACAAGCAUGUACAAGCCUUUAUGGAUAAUACAACAGCUGUUGCUUAUGUAAAUUCCAUGGGGGGGACAAAGUCCACCCAGGUCAACAAGCCUUGCAAAGGAAGUUUGGAAUUGGUGCAUUGA